GUUUGGUUUAAAGUCUCGCCGCCAUAAACUCUACCUCUUCAAAUUACACGGUCUUACAAAAUAUAGAAAUCUAUUUAAUAUUAAUAAAAAUAUAUAAUCCAGCCGCCGCCUUUGCAAUAUGAAACUGAAAACGCCGCCGAUAAUUUUAACACAGGGUCAGCUUGGUUCUCACACGAGCUUAAAUACAAAUAAAUAAGAAAAUAAAUAAUAUCCUUGAAAAUCAAUGCAUAGCGUUUAACAAUUUUGGUGUUAUAAAUAUAACUUGCUGACACGCCAUAGCAGUUGCAUUCAACCAAGAAACAGUCAUAUUUGGACUGUUUUAGUAGGAAAAUUCUAAACAACCCACCAUAACCGGUGAAGUACUUACAUACUCAUAAAAUAAGACAACUGGUGGAGGAAUAAUGAGCCUAUACAGAUGGCUAUACCGCAGAGAAUAUGGUCUCCCCUCGAAUCGCAUGGAUUUCGAUCAUAUUAUGCAUCGAGUGUAUGGUUCCAUGAAAGACUUUGAUCAUUGGAACGACACGCCUAACCAAACGUCAGACUAUGGAGCAGUUUUCAAUUUGGAGUUUUCACCAAAAGGCAAUGUUUUGGUGGCAGCCUGCGAGAAGAAAUCUAUACUCUUUUUUGAUGCGAUUACACAGCAGCAAACAUAUACGAUCAAAGAUGCGCAUACUGACAAUGUUAAUUGUAUAAAAUUUCUCGAUGAGCGUAUGUUUGCAACUUGUUCUGAUGAUACCACUGUUGCUUUAUGGGAUUUGAGAUAUUUGAAAAAGAAAGUUCGCAGCCUCCAUGGUCAUUCGAAUUGGGUGAAAAACAUUGAAUAUUCUCAUAAAGAUAAUCUUCUAGUGACAUCUGGAUUUGAUGGAAGCAUUUUCACAUGGGAUAUAAAUUCGCACACAGAACAAGGACUAAUAUAUCAAAAAGUAUUCCACACUAGCGGUCUUAUGCGUUGUCGCAUUUCACCCGAUUGUUCUAAAUUAGUUAUUUGCUCCACUGGUGGUUAUCUUAUGAUAAUACAUCACUUAGACUUGACUUCAUUACAUAAGGACUUAAAUGGCUUCAGGCCAAGCAUAUAUCGUUUGAUGCAAACGGGUCAUCAAUACAUACCACAAGCGGCUAAAUUCGAUCACGUAUUUUCAAAGAAACAAAAGAAAAAUCGUGUCGAAUUGGUAACAGAUUUCCCAGAAGAAAACGACGCUGAAGUAAUAUUAGCUUUACAAAUCCAUCCCUUAGGACACUCAAUACUAAGUCGUAAUAUUAGCUAUGAUGAAAAGACUGAAUGGUCAUGUAUACACGAUAUCAAUGAAGAGCCUCGUGAAAUGAAGGAACAUUUGCAGGAAGAGCAUAAAAGUUCUAAAAGGAAACGAAAAAUUAUUUGUGACAGUGAUGAGGAGUCGAACAGUGGAUUGGGAGUAGGUGAUGAGAGCGGAGAUUCAACAGAUGGCCUUCGGUUUAGUAUAAAUCGCCGUCAACGGGUUUUUAGACCACGUUUGCCUGGAAGGGGAGCGCCUCCUCCUCCUCCACCAACAUUAGCAUCAACAGCGUCACCACCUGCAAGUUCCUCCAACUCAAAUAACAAUGCCAACAACUCCUCGUCGACUUCGACAAACAAUCAAUCUGCGGCAGCUUCAGCGCCCUCCAAUCAGUCAUUUGUUCCAGAUAUCUGGGCUGCAGAGGUCACAGUUCAGGAACGUGCUAUUCGUCAAAACCGAGCCCGUAAUUCAAAUGCAGUUACCGGUUAUAAUUAUGUCUAUGCCAUAAGCAGUGGUGUUUUACCAGCAGUAACCGCUUCGGCGUCAUCGCGUAAUAGUAGCAAUAGCAAUAAUGAUACUAUGAAUAGUCGUUCGACGGAUUCCCCAUCUACCAGAGGCCGUUCAUCGUUUUCCGAUUUGGCGGCAUCCACCGAUGGCAGCAGCACCUCAAGCAGUGACUCUCCACCCUAUUUACCCGAUUUUGAUCGUAUACUUAUGCGUCCUCUCAUACUGCCACCCAAACGUAACGAUUAUUGCGGUCGAAUAAUUUUCGAAAAUCCUAAAAAAUUAAUGUUUUACAUUCAAGAGCCCAACAAAGGCAAAGGUUUUAUUAAGGAGCCUAGCUUCUCCGCGGACGGUCGCAUUGUAUGCUCCCCAUACGAUAAUGGCAUACGAUUGUUGGGCUAUAGCGAUACAUGUUCAGAAUACCCAAGACAUUUUCGAGAAAUUGAUACCAUCAAACAGAAGCCCCGAGGUCUGCAUGUUCUCAAAGAACUGAGGUGUCACGAAGACAAAGUUCUUAGCAGUAAAUUUAGUCCAAGAGAACCACUAUUGGCUACUGGCUGUAAAAGUGGCAAAGUUGUUUGGUAUCAUCCUAUUCUGUAAAUAUGGUCAUCGAGUCAAAUUGUGAGACUUUUCCACACAAUAUAUAAACAUAUUUAUUUGUUUUCAUUUUUUUAUUAUUAUUAUUGUUUAAAUAGACGUAUUAUCGGCAUGUUAUUAGAAGGGCGGGCACGCACAAAGCAUGUCCACAUAUAUUCAUACAUAUAUGGUACAUUUAUUUAUGUAUGUCUUUUUUCAAAUUGAAAAACUGUUUGCAAUUGGACUAACGAAGUUAUUUGAUUUUACUUGUAUUUGUAUAAAUCAGCCAACCAUGAAUGAAUGUUCAGUUCUUCCGAUGACCGACGACGAUACCUUCUAAACAAAUUUACUUGAAUUUUAUUUGAUAGAUUUUAUAUGUGUAUGUAAAGAAGAGCCGCCUCCUAGUUUAGUUAUUUGGAUAUCUUGAGUUGAAAAGGACACCAUGUAAAUUAAAAAUAUUUGAACAUUAUUAUUAAUUUUUGAACCCAAAAAUUCUAAUACACAACAUUUUUCUAUUCGUCUAUAAGAUACAAUUAUAUUAAUUCCAAAUAAAUUAAAGUUAUUAAACCAUUAUUAUGUA